AUGCCUGCUGAGUGGAACACUCACACUAGAAACAACAAUGCAACUCCCUCUACCCCCAAUCCAUACUGCUGUCCUCUGGGUCCUGCUAGGAACAAUAAUUCUCUGACAUCUGGUGCACAGAGAGCACCAACUCCCUACCCUUCCCAUCUCCAAACACUGGAAGAGCGUUUUCCUUCUCAGCAGGAAUCCGAUGAUUCUUCACUAGAAUUCCUUGAUGAAGGAGGUAUCCGAUACCCUUUUGCACCCCUAUCAAAUGUCACCUGCCAGCCAUUCCUGAUUCCAGGUCCUUCAGAGACUUCCAACAGCGAUGCUAUAGUCUUGCAUCAAUUCCCUGGUCCCCUGGAAAUCCCCCAAAAUACCUCGGAAGUAUCCACUGGAUCUUACCAUGUUGCCCCUAUACAAGUCUUCUCAUCCUUGUCACCUAUAAAUGUCUCAUCCUCCCCAAACCCUGACAGUCCCACCACUGCAUCUACUGAUUCUCCCAACAUGCCGCCUCUCACCUCCAAUGUCUCUGAUAAUGGCAGCAUCACAUUUGCCCCUAAUCUCCAACUUCUUGCCAACAUCAGCGAGUAUGUUAUAGCAUUUGAAGGAGGUCACAGCAGCAACCCUCAGGAAUUUGUGGUCUACAGCAAUGACAUGAUCCAAUGUCCCACCAAUGACAUCACAAGGGCAUGGCAAUCAAUUUCCUUCAAUACCUCUACCCCUGUCCAAGAUGUUGAUCCCCUGGAACGGGUUCUGCCUUAUUUUCCUGGAGCCUAUGCCAAUUUUGUUACAUGA